AUGACAUCUUUACAUCAUCCGGUUAACGAUUCCACGGGGUAUUACGAAGAUCAAGUACCCGCACCCACAUACUAUAAUCCGCAUACUAAUAACCAACCUCACCAAAUUAUUGAUAAUUUAGACUCAGCACCGAAUUCUAAUAGUUCAACCUCAUAUUAUGGAGGUGAACAACAAAUAAACCAAGAACAACCUGUCCCUUCUAAUAACUACGAGGGACAAGCAUCACAGACGCCUACAAACUCACAAUUUUUCCAAGGUUCUCCGGAUUCCCAGUCCCAUCAAUCUCAACAUAAUAGUCCGAACAAUAAUUCAACCACAAUCGCACAACCGCCCACUGAGCAGCCAUUUUACGUUAAUGCCAAGCAAUAUCACAGAAUAUUGAAAAGAAGAAUAGCAAGAGCUAAAUUAGAAGAGACUUUAAAAAUUGCAAGAACUAGAAAACCGUAUUUACACGAGUCAAGACACAAACAUGCGAUGAGAAGACCAAGGGGACAAGGAGGGCGGUUUUUAACUGCUGCUGAGAUUGCGGAAAAAGAAAGAUUAGAUAAGUUGAAAGCUUUAGAGGAUAAGGAGAAAAUAGAUAAUUUCAACGGAGACCAACCUCAAGAAGAACAAAGUGAUUCGUCGAAAUCUUCAACAACUCCCACUACAGAAAAGACUACAUCAAAUGCUGGGAAUGUUGCAUCAAAUGAAGAUGAUUCAAUAUUCCAAAAUUUAAUUAAUGAAAAUGGGAGUACAGAGGAUUAA